AAUGGAUUAUGAAUAAGUAAUGAAUGAUAAGAAGUUGAGAGAAUAAUUAGAAGGAGGAGAGACGAUAGUUUUGACUAUGAAAGUUAUUAAGUUUACAGGAUAAAAUAAAAAGUUAUCAAGAGUGAUAGUAAAUAUAUUAUAGUGAUAUUGUGAAUAGGCUAUCACAAAUAAGAAUAUUUAUAAUAUAUCACCAGCAGAAGGAAGUGCAGUAAAGAACUUCUUUUAAAAUUUAGUAUCAAAGUAAAUAAAUACUAAUGAAUUAUUUAGAUCAAGAAUUAAAAGAAAAAUAGCAUUAUCAGCUAUUACUGGAAUUACUGUUUCUAAAAUAGUGAAAGAAUUUAUCCUACAUAUUCCAACUGAAUAUGAUUAAAGAUAUUAAGUAGAUGAUUAGUAUUUAUUGUAAUCUAUAAUUUAGAUUAGCAUUAAUAAUAUAAACAUUAUGUGAAGUGUAUGUCAAACACAACUUAAAGAAAAUUAAAUGUUUCUUCAUUGAGGAAUUAAAUUUAAGUUAAUAUACCACUACUAAUUAUGAUAUUAAAAAGAAUAUCAGAAGAUAAUUACCAAAAUAAGGAGAUGAAAUGACAGUUGAUGAAGUAAAAAUGGCAAUGCAAACAUAAAGAGGAAAUGUUUAAACAUUGUAUCAGAAAUCUAAUACUCCUGAAAUUAGCAUUGAAGAUUUUACAUUAAUCAAAAUGUUAGGUAGAGGAGCAUUUGGAAAAGUAAUGUUAUGUGAGAAGAAAGAUACUAAAGAAAUUUUUGCAAUAAAAAGUUUAAGAAAAGAAGAUAUUAUAUCAAGAGAUCAUAUAGAAUAUUUGAAAACUGAAAGAAAGAUCUUAGAAUAAACAUAACAUCCAUUUCUAGUGUCAUUAGAAUAUGCAUUUAUUACAUAAGAAUGUGUUUAUUUUGUGAUGAAAUUUAUGAUGUAAAAAUAAUGCUAUUAACACAAAUAGAGGUGGAGAAUUGUAUACUCAUUUAUAGAAAAUAAAUAAAUUUAAUGAAGACUUUGCUUUAUUCUAUUCAUCAUAAGUUUUAUUAGCAUUAGAAUAUUUGCAUAAAUAAGGAAUUAUCUAUAGAGAUUUGAAACCAGAAAAUAUUCUAAUGGAUGAAAAAGGAUAUAUUGCAUUAACUGAUUAUGGAUUAGCUAAAUUCUUAUCUAAAGGAUAAGUUACAUAAUCAAUUGUAGGAACACCAGAAUACUUAGCACCUGAAGUUAUCACUUAAUAAGGACAUGCAUUUACAGCUGAUUGGUGGUGUUUGGGAAUCCUUAUGUAAUCAAUUACCAUUCUAAAAUUCAAGUUAUGAAAUGUUAUGCGGUAAAACUCCAUUUUUUUCAGAAAACAGAAAUCAAAUGUUUAGAAAUAUAGUAGAAUCUGAAUUGAAAUUCCCAUCCACUCUACUUAUUACCUAAGAGUGUAAAAGUCUACUUACUAGCUUAUUAAAGAAAAAACCUAAUGAACGUCUUGGUAAUAAAGGAGAUGCUGAAGAAAUUAAAAAACAUCCAUGGUUUAAACGAAUUGAUUUCUAAAAACUCAUAGCUAAAGAAGUAUUUAUAUAUAUCUCAAUCAUUUUUAGAUUUAAGCACCUAUUAUUCCAGAUUUAUAAUCUGCCACUGAUUUAUCAAAUUUUAAUCCCUAAAUUUUAGAUGAAAGUAAUCAUAAAUAAUAUCAUUAUUAAAGAAAUUGAGGAAAGUGAACCUUAAGCUAUAACAAAUACUUAAGCUUUAAAGAAAUUUGAUUAAGAAUUCUAUGGUUUGAAUUACAAAAAAGAUUAAUGACUGUUUUAUAGAUG